ACGAGAAUUCUUGAAUUAACAGCAAGUUACGUUCGUCAUACAUUUACUGAUCCUUAUUUGUCUAGCUUUUCGGUUGGUUCAAAGAAACAUGUUCACUUGUUUAAGCAUAAAUAUUAUUAUUUAGAGAAUAUCUGAUCCAGGACUAAGAGAACAUGCUGUAAUUAUAUAUGAAUAUCAUUUCUUAUCUCAUCCUCCAAUAGUGGAGGUUGAGAAAGAAGGAGAGGAAUGAAGUAUGGAAAGAUGCUUCGCGAUGAGGUCGAGAGGACUUUUCGCGCAUGGAAAGGUCAGUUCAUAUCAUACAAGAAGUUGAAGAAGCAGUUGAAGCUGAUUUACCCUCGAUCCAGGGGAAAGAUUGUCGCUACUAGAAGAUGGCCAAGAUAUGCAACUAGAAGAUUUUUGGAAGUAAAUAAUAGGGGACUUAGAACUGGUUUUUCCAGAUUAUUAGAUGAUGAACUCAAGAAAGUUAACACAUUUUAUUUGGAUAAAGAAGAAGAUUACAUCAUCAGAUUAAAGGAGCUGCAAGUUAGAGCAGCAAACUUGCAUAGUGAUGAAGAGAAGCUAGAAGUGCAGAAGGAUAUCCUAAAAUUUCACGGAGAAAUGGUUCUGCUACUCCAGUACAGUGCCCUUAAUUUUACAGGUGAAACUAAGGGUUGCGAAUGGAUAUACUUUACCUGCAUACCUACUACCUUGUAUUUGCGCAAAGCAGGAAGUCUCUUGCAUUUUGGAUUGAUAAAAAUUGUCAAGAAGCACAACAAGAAGACAGGCACAACCUUUGAGUUCUCUACCAUGCCAAAGGUUAUGCAGCAGUCAUUCUUCUCCACUGAUCUGCUUUACAACCUUAUGAAGGAGGCUGAAGCAAUGCUGGCUCGCCUGUUUCUUCGAGAUGACUUCUAAUGUCCAUUCCAAGCUUGCUUAUGUAGAUACAGAUAAGAAAAUAAUUUCUUCACUAGGAGAAAAACCCCUUCUCUAGAUAUAGUUAUAAAAUGUAUGAUCCUGGACCAUUGCAAGAAGAGAAAGCUUAUAGUUUUUGCUAGCUUAUACAUGAUUACAGUGUGCAAAUACAAUGACAGAGAUCCUCUACUCUAGUAAUAUGAUGAUUAUGGAAGUUGUAUUAUACUUUCAUGGAUGCUGUAAUGAUGAUUAUGAUAAUAAUGAUUUAAUACUGUGAUGUGAUAUUGGUUUA